GCAUUUUAUUUUUUUAUUUUUAGAAAUUGGAUUCCGAAGUGCCGACAAACGACCCGAAAUUCGUGACAAUGGCCGACAGUUGUGAAUGUGUGAAGCAACAAGUUGAUAAAAUGAAUGAAACAACACCAGGUGUUGAUAGUGAUGAAUAUCCAGAUGUAGCGAGAAAAUUGAUUGACAGGUGGAAUCUGUCAAAAUAUCAAGUCAAGGAGAGAUUAGCAUAUGCGUUGGUUGGAGAAGCGAAACUACAAGAACUACAGAAAGAAGCGGAACUCCAUAAGGAGUGGUUGAAUGCUAAGGAAGAAAGGGUCAACUCAGAUGAGCUCAAUGCCACCCCUAGUGGUUCGGAAGAAAUUAAAAAUCAACUUGACGAGCAUGAGAAAGAAGAAAGCAGUGUGACAUCACAAUACCCAACUAUCGACAAAAUGCGAACAAUUACCGCUGAGUUCGAUACAGCGGCUCGUAAAUAUGAUCAAACGGCUCUUGAAUACGAACCCCCGAUCCAGGAAGGUAUCGAUGCGAAACCUAAACCGACUCCGGAAGAAAUGGAGGAGAAUUCUUCAAAGAGAAAGAAGAUUAUCGAAUAUGAGGUCAUCACAAUAACAAGACGUUACGACAAAAUGAAGAAUUUACUCUCAGAAAAAGUUGACCGCUUAAAAGUGGAUUACAAAGAUGCAAAGGAGAGAGAGGAUGAAGCUGCAGCCCAGGAGUCGUUAAUUACAACCACAACAACAGAAAUAACAACUACGACGACAAAACGUCGAAAUAUUGAUGACAUUAAAUUCAAAUCUUACUUGGAACGUAAAGCCAGUUUACAUGAUUUGAUCAGCGCUGGUAUUGUAUCUGAGGAAACGGCAGAGAAACUGCAAAUGGGGACUAUUGACGAAAAAGAGGUUGAAAGUGACUUGAAACCAUAUUUAACUGGUAACGAACCAAUCUCUGGAAUUAUCAUUGAAAAAGCUGACAACAUGAAAGUUUCAAUAAAUACUGCCAUGAAACUAGGAAUCAUAAAAACUGGCACUGGACUUGUUCUUUUGGAAGCUCAAGCAGCUACUGGAAACAUCAUAAACCCUUUAACCGCUGAGCAUAUGAGUGUAGAACAAGCUGUAAAAUGUGGACUUAUUGAUUCCAAAUAUCAAGAUGCGCUCGAAAGAGCAGAAAAAGCCGUCACUGGUUAUGAGGACCCGGUAACACAUCAGUACCUGUCAUUAUAUGAAUGCAUGAAGAAAGGAUACAUUGUGGAGAGCCAUGGAAUCAGGUUACUUGAGGCACAAAUCGCCACUGGAGGGCUCAUAGAUCCUCGAGCGAGCCAUAGAGUCCCAAUAUCUGUAGCUUACAAACGUGGUUUAUUCGACGAGCGUAUGAACGAGAUUCUUGAAGAUCCUUCUGAUGACACCAAAGGUUUCUUUGACCCAAAUACUCAGGAAAUUUUAAAUGAACCAAAAGGUUUCUUUGACCCAAACACUCAGAAAAACCACACGUACUUGGACCUGAUCCAAAAAUGCGUUCGAGACGAUGAAACGAGUCUCCUCUUCCUCAGUUUAAAGAAAAAAGUUGAUGUUGAGAGAUUAAAAAGGAUGUUGAUUGACAUCCAGAACAAAGAGGCGGGGAGAAGAAGGAGCAGAGCUGACAUCUACUUCCACACUGCUUACCACACUGAAGCAAGGUUGCAAGAUAUUUAUGAAGCUGGUCUUGUCACUGAAGAGCAAGUCCGGAAGUUGGAAAUGGGCGAACUGAGUGAGGAGGACCUCCAGGGACAACUGAAGCAAUAUCUCUUCGGUGGGGAAGAGCCAAUAUGUGGAAUCCUGCAUGAAGAAUCAGGUGAAAUGCUCUCAAUUUUGGACGCUGUGAAAAAACGAAUUCUGAAACGAGGAACUGCCAUUGAAUUAUUAGAAGCCCAGGCAGCCACUGGAAACAUCAUAGACCCAAUCAAUGCAAGGAAAAUGUCAGUACAAGAUGCAUAUAGAGCAGGGUUAAUUGAGCGGAACCACGUUGAUACGCUUGAGCGAGCAGAGAGGGCAGUGAAAGGUUACCCUGUGCCAGGAACCAAUCAAAUUCUCUCGUUAUUUGAAGCUAUGAGAAAAGGUCUCGUCGUAGAAUCUCGUGGAAUCCGCCUUCUUGAAGCACAGAUCGCCACUGGAGGGCUCAUCGAUCCAAGAGCACAUCACAGGGUUCCGAUAUCUGUAGCUUACGAACGUGGUUUAUUCGACGAGCGAAUGAACGAGAUUCUUGAAGAUCCUUCUGAUGACACUAAAGGUUUCUUUGACCCAAAUACUGAAGAAAAUCUUUCCUAUCUGGAUCUAAUGGACAGAUGUGAGUUGAAGGGUCCUGCCGGUCUCCGCUUCCUAAUCCUCCGACCUAAAUCACGAAGAUCAAGAUCGAAAUCUUCGAGCAAAUCAACAUCCAAAAAAGAAGAGGUUAAAACUCCGUCAAAAACUGAAACACGAACGAUCCAAGUUACAGAAGUUAAAAAAGAAAUUAAAGUUGAACAUAAGCCUCCAAAACCACAUAAAAAGAAAAUCAAGUUUGAGACUUCUUUCCGCUGCGAAGUGAGCCUGAAAGAUCUGGUUAAAACCGGUGUUCUGAGCGAAGACACUGCUGCACAACUAACUAAUGGAGAACUUAGCAAAGACCAAGUGGAAAAACUGAUCAGUAUUAACUUAAAUGGGACCUCACCUAUUGCGGGGCUUGUUUUAAAAGCUACUGGGGAGAAAUUAUCAUUCGGAGAGGCGCAGAAAAGGAAGCUGUUGAGUAAAGAAGAGGCCCUGCUUUAUCUAGAAGCACAGGCUUGUACUGGUAGCAUUAUCAACCCAAAAACUGGUGAGACCAUGAGUGUACAAGAUGCUUAUAUGUCUGGUUUGAUUGACAGGAGUCAAAUAUCUACAUUACAGACUAUGGAAGGGGCUGUGCUUGGAUUUUCCGGCUCAAAUGACAAACACAAGUAUAAACUUGAAGAUUGUUUACGGAAAGGAUAUUUAAACGAAACACAAACUGGUAUCGUGCUUGAAUGUCAGUUUGCUACCGGUGGAAUCAUUGAUUCUAAGACCAACAUCCGUUUGAACAAAGAGCUUGCCCUUCAAAACGGGAUCAUCAACGAGAAGAUGUCAUCGGAAAAUGGUAGUGAGCCUCGUUUUAUGGAUCCAACGAAUAAAGUCCAUCGAUCGUACACCCAACUGCUCGACACGUGCAUAGUGGACAGCAAUACUGGCUUGAGGUUCCUGCCUUGUGAGAUGGAGUCAAGUGCCACAGUAAGCAUGGAAGUAGCAACCAGAGCAAAAGUGAAAGAUAGAAACGAUAUUUUCUUUGAAGCUGCACUUGGAAGACGCGCAUCUCUAGUUAACCUCAUGAAAGCCGGUAUAGUUUCCGAAGAAACGGUGUCCGCCCUCGAGCAUGGGGUCUUGACAGAAGAAGAUAUCUUUACUUCUAUAUCGCAGUAUUUAGUUGGCGAACAACCAAUUGCUGGUAUCAUUGUAGAAGCUACGGGACAAAAAUUCGGAAUUCUUGAAUGCAUUCAACAAGGGAUAUUGAAAAGGGGAACAGGUCUUGAACUGCUUGAAGCCCAAGCUGCUAUUGGUUCCAUAAUAGAACCACAUAGUGGGAACAGAUACAGUGUAGCUGAUGCCAUGAAACUAAGGCUAAUAGAUGAUACACAGAAAGAUACAUUGGAGAGGGCACAGCGUGCUAUAACUGGAUACAGGGAUCCAGUAACCGGAAACACCCUUUCAUUAUUUGAGGCCAUGAGCAAAGGAUAUGUGACAGAAUCACGCGGCAUUCGUCUCCUCGAAGCCCAAGUUGCUACUGGAGGCAUCGUGGACCCCAAAGCCUCUCACAGGGUUCCAUUAUCCGUUGCCUACCAGCGAGGAAUUCUUUCCAAAAAAAUGUUUGGAAAGUUGACGGAUUCCUCUGAUGAUACAAAGGGUUUCUUUGAUCCAAACACCAACGAGAACCUCACUUAUCUUGAACUGAUGUCACGCUGCCGAACCGAGAGCGAAACCGGGCUCAUUUUUCUUCCUCUUCUCGAAAAAAAGAAGAAACCGAGAUCCUCUUCCUCCCGUCUCGACUCCUCGCUUAAGAAGAAGAAGAGACGAUCCACUCAGAGAUCAAGGAAAGUCGUCAUUGUUGAUCCUGAUUCAGGAGCAGAGAUGACAGUGAAGGAAGCCUACCAGAAAGGUCUUAUUGAUCGAGCUACAGCAAAACAACUGAUGCAACAAGAAGGUGAAUGGACUGAAGAGACUGAGCUUGUUCGGGAGGUGGAAACGGUUGAAACAUCAUCUUCCACGUCCUCUGGACACCAAGCAUCCAGCAUGUCUAUGUCGAGCGUCGAACAAAUUGAUGACGUGUUUGAUAAGAGUCGCAUGUCCGCUGCCGAUCUUUCAGCCCGGCUAUUACAACUAUCCAAUGCCCAUCUUGGCCCCAUAGCUGCUAUUAUUGACGUGGAAAAACAAGAAACUAUUUCGAUUGCUGAAGCACUUAAGAGAAGACUUGUAGACGGCACAUCAGCACAGAGACUUCUAGAAGCCCAGGCUGCUACCGGUGGUAUUGUAAACCCAAUGGACCCCAUGCGCUUGCUGUCGAUCAACGAGGCUCUCGCUAUUGGUUUAAUUGACCGUGUGACUUCACGGCGAUUGGCCAAUGCGGAGAAAGCAUUUAGAGGCUUUUCGGAUAGACGAACCAAUCAAAUGCUCUCGCUUGGUGAGGCGUUAAAGAAGGGCUUGUGUUAUUAUGAAGCAGGCACACGACUUUUGGAAGUCCAGUACAUAACAGGUGGACUGGUUGUGCCUCCAGAUGGUAAACGCAUCUCAUUAGAUACAGCAGUAGCUUUAGGAUGUGUUGAUCAGCGUAUGGCGGAUAGGUUGAGUGAUAUACAAAGAUAUGCAAAGUCAGUGGUGGAUCUAAAGACUAAUUUACUGAUUUCUUACCCUGACGCCCUUGAAAAAUCUGUUGUUGACAAAUAUACUGGUUUGAGGUGUUUGGAGGCGCUGCCAAGGCUAAACAGAAGUGUUAAAAUGGCAGGUGGUAUUACAAUUCAAGCUUCUUCUGCUUACACAUCACUUGCGAGCUCACUAGCUAGCUCCAGGGCUGAGAGUCCAAUUGGAAGCCUUCGCAGCUCACGAAGAGGAAGUUUUGAUGAAGAUUCUUUCUCUGGAUCGUUUCUUAACACCCCUGACCGUCCUUACAUUAAUCGUUCCCCUCGGAAAUAAGCGCUAGUUCCUUUUGCCUUGAGAUUUCCAUGUCGUUGCACUUUACGGUGGCCCAGGUGUCUGAAAAUGUACAAGUAUUGGUGCUCGAAAAAUAGAGAUCAUAUAUAUUUGGAGUGUAACAUUUUUAUGGUGCAAGUUUGAAUGUUCCGCGUGUCAACCUGUUUUCUGUAUGUACAUAGCGAAAUAACAGCCGUGUGUAAGUUACCACAGCAGUAUAUACGAAUAUAUUUACCCAUGUAGCCAAUUCUGUUUCGCCUGCCGUUUGUACAUCGCUUGUAGUUUUAAUAAUUGAACGCAAAAUACAAUUUCUCGCGUUUCAAGA